AGAAGUUUUUUUUAAGCAACACAUGAUCUGUUUUUUUGUAUUUUACAUGUUUAAAUAAAACAUCAGAAGAAACUUAAUCUUUUCAGAGGCCUAACCAUGAAGAACUGCACAAGAAGGAAACUUAAGUAGUAAAAAUCUAGGAAACAAUAUUCUGUGGUUUGCAGUCUACAAGAAUGAAUUCAUUGCCUGAAACAGUAACAGAAAUAUGGGGUGAUGUAAUUAUAUGGUGGUUUCCAAGGGAUUUCUCACAGUCACGGAUUGGUGACAAAUGCACAGGAAGCAAUGCAUGCACACUAAUAGCUCUCCUGGUAGCUCAUCAGUGUUACAAAGAUAACAUAAAUAUUUCACCAGGUGAACAGCGCCUCAGCUCUCACAUUAUUACUGCUCUGGCAGAAAGCAUAAUGGAAGGAAAUGAAAUACACAGGCAACUUUUGCAAAAAGGAAAUUUGCAAUAUUUAAAUAUGACUGUACCAGAGGCAAUGGCUGCUGCAAAGAGCAAAAUAAAGUUUAUCACAGAAUGGAGAAGCUAUGUUUAUCUACUUGACCUUGGAGCAAGUCUUUAUGAACAGAUGAAUGACACAUUGGCAGACUGGUUUAGGAAUCCACCAGCUCGCAAGGGAUCAGAGCUGUUUGUCAUUCUUAUUGCGGAAAAUAGAUCUGUAUUAUUUGUGUUUCAAAAAGACCAGAAUAAGGUGACACUUAUUGACACACAUCAACAUCUGAACCAUGGUGCUGUUAUAGCUCAAGUGGAAACUCCUAAUUUAGAGGCAUUAUGUGCCUGGUAUGCUGUACUGCUAAGAAAAUGCUAUGCAGCACGGCCUGAAUGUUAUGAACUGAGUUUCUUAUAUUUUAAGAGUUAUGAGGCUGGUGAGAUGACAGCAGGCUAGCAGCAAAACACACUUAAUGCACAUAAAAAUUAUUAGCAUGGAAAUAAAAACUAGUCACAGAAUAAGACUUUACACUUUUUCUCAAACAUAUUAUAAAUGAUGUGCUAAAUAAAAUUGAUGGGCUGAUCUUCAAAA